AGAGCCAAAGCGAAAGCGCGGGCUCCCAGUCGGUGGCUGUGUCUCGGUCGGAGCAGCAAAUGGCAGGGAGGCCGGAGGAGCCCCAGGACCAGGAGUGACUGAGAGCCAGUCCCUGCCUUCCUGCUCCCGCCGGGAGACGCUCCGCAGGCGCUGCUUGCGGAGCGUCCUCCUCUGGGCAGCAGCAACAGCAGCAGCAGCAGCAUCAGCAGCGCCAUGGUCGACCGGGGCCCCCUCCUGACCUCGGCCAUCAUCUUCUACCUGUCCAUCGGAGCAGCCAUCUUCGAGGUCCUGGAGGAGCCCUACUGGGAACGGGCCUCGAGGAAUUACAAGCAGAAGAAGACCCAGCUGCUGAAGGACUACCCUUGCCUGGGCCAGGAAGGGCUGGAGAAGAUCCUCCAGGUGGUAUCAGAGGCUGCUGGACAAGGGGUUUCUAUUGAUGGCAAUGACACAUUCAACUACUGGAACUGGCCUAAUGCUGUCAUCUUUGCUGCUACUGUGAUUACAACUAUUGGGUAUGGAAAUGUUGCUCCAAAGACUUCAGCUGGACGUCUUUUCUGUAUAUUUUAUGGACUCUUUGGCGUUCCUCUCUGCUUAACGUGGAUCAGUGCUUUGGGGAAGUUUUUUGGUGGACGUGCCAAGAGGUUGGGCCAGUUCCUGACAAAAAGAGGAGUAAGCCUGAGAAAGGCACAAAUUACAUGCACAGCUAUUUUCAUCAUCUGGGGAGUCCUGGUCCAUCUAGUCCUUCCUCCCUUUGUUUUUAUGGUAACUGAAGGUUGGGAUUAUAUUGAAGGCCUCUACUUCUCAUUCAUCACAAUAACCACCAUUGGAUUUGGAGACUAUGUUGCUGGUGUGAAUCCAAAUAUUAGUUACCAUUCUCUCUACAGAUACUUUGUAGAGCUAUGGAUCUAUCUGGGUCUGGCUUGGCUUUCCCUCUUUGUCAACUGGAAAGUCAGCAUGUUUGUUGAGGUUCAUAAAGCAAUCAAGAAACGAAGGAAAAAAAGGAAGGAGUCCUUUGAAAAUCAUCCUCCUUCCAAAAAAUCACUUCCAAUGUCUAACUCAAAAGAUGUGAACAUUUUCAGCUUCCUUUCCAAGAAAGAAGAGACGUACAAUGAUCUCAUCAAACAGAUCGGAAAGAAGGCACUCAAAACAAGCAGUGACAAAAUCCUGAAUGCUGAACAAGUCAAACCAAGCUUACAACAUACCAGUAAAGACUUCAAAGUGAUGUACACAAGGAACAAAUUGUUUGACUAUGAUGAGGUUUCCCUUGGACUUCAAAACUAUCAUGUUAUGAGGCAUUUAACUGACAAACGUGUUGGGGAUAGCUCAAUUGAGGGCAAUGUGUUUGUAAAUCAGCUGGACCGGAUCAGUGAGGAAGAAGGAGAAGCAUGGGACUCCAGGGACUAUCGACCUUUGAUCUUUGAAAAUGCCAAUAUAACAUUUGUAAAUGAGGAUGAGGAUGAAGAAGAGGACCUUUCAGAUGAUGAAGAAACUUCUAAGUCCUCUAUGGAUGAUAAUAUGACAGAAGACCUGAGAGCCCCCCCAAAACUAGCCAAAUUUCCAUCCUCUGAUGAAUCUACCUUUACCAGUAAUGAGUUAGAGGUAUCUGUUCCUUAUGAGCAGCUAAUGAAUGAGUACAACACAGUGAAUACUGCAAAUACGGCAACAUGAGGGAAUACAUUUUGCUAAUGGUUCCUACAAGAUCAUUUAAUGAUUUUGAACAGAUGUUUGAACAGAUGAGUAUAAGUGAGGAGGAAGGGGUAUCAUGAAAGGCAUUUUCCACCACUGCCUUCCGUUUGCAAACUGAACCCAUUCAGUGCCUGGAUGUUAUCUGUAGAUGUGUUUUUUAAAAAAAUAAUAAUAACAAUAACAAUAAUCAGUUUUGCUCGCUCACUGUGAUUUUCAGUUCUGAAAAUCUGAGGGUUAUUUUAGGGAACUGGUGGUUGUUGAAAUCGGAAAGAAAACCCUAGAAUUAUUGGGCCUGUUCAGUAUUUUUCUUGGGAAGAGUCAAAUAUCGCAGUCAGUUUGGAUCAAGUUGAUUGCCUGACAUGGCUGGUUACUGCAGUAAUCCUUCAUAUCUGAAAAACUGAUUUCAGUUAAUGCCUGGGUGCAGAGUAGAAAGUAUUGUUAGAAUUAACAUGAUCACACAGUGAAGCUCUCUUUUCACCUUCCUUUUAAAGGAUGCUUUGGACUGGAAGAGCCAAAUGUCCUGAAGGUCAAAGUUGAGAUAUGUUGGUAGUACUGAUUAGGGAACUUGAAUUACGCUAGCUCCAUUUAGUUGUGAGCUAAAGCAUCAUGACCAAAAAUGUAACAGUACAGAAAUGGUGGUAUGCAGUCAGGGUACCUUCUAUUAUACAAGAAAUUAUCUGUGGGUUAAUCCUCCUGGUGAUUGUGAAAAGCACAUCUAAAAUUCAGUAAUAUUGAAUGGUGCAAGAUGAUGUGUAGUAGACAGGUUUAAAAAUGAAGAAAAUCACACUGACAAAACUUGUUUUUUGUGUCAGAAGUGCCCUUCCACUGUCCAUGCUCUAGAGGAAAUACUUGAAUAAAUUUCAUGUGCAGUUUUAUCUAAAUGAAGUUUAAUUAUGAUGUCUGUUUGAAUGACACUGUAUUUUAAAAUAGCAAAAACGGCAUGAAUAUCUUAAUUUUUAUCUGAAGGAUCUGAGAGCUGCUUUGUUCCUUGUUAUAUUCAGUGGCUCUGCUUCUAGAAAAUUCUGUCAUUUGCCACUCCAGUUGGUACUUCGAGUAAAUAAUGUUUGUUAUGGCACAAAUAUUUUCAUAUACUUCUGAUGUAGGUAUUUUAACUGUUUUUCUAAUAGAAUUAUUAUAACUGUUUUUUCUAAGCAAAACAAGUACUUUAGCUUGUUUUUACUGAACUGCCGUAUAGACAUAAAGGCAAAGGUAUGAGAAAACCUACAAAAGUAUCAGAAUAUAACCAUGAUGGCAAGGGACUUCAGCAGGUACUUGGAUUUCUAUUGACAAAGAUUAAUUGACUUUAUGGUUGGUAUUUCUAUUAAAAAGUGACAAAAUACCUAUGCCUUUUAAUCUAUUGUAGCAGAAUACAAAUGUUGAAAAACAAAGUGUUCUAAAGAGCAUGAACUUUCAGUCUGACCAUUGUCUGAGAAUCCAGUUGUAAGUAAGUCACUCCAAUAUUAAUUUUUAAUUGUAUGUUGUUCUUCCUGUGGUUUCAGUCUGAAAUAGAAAGACUCUAUAUGUGUGGAAAGCCUGGGGAUGAGGGAUUUCUGAGUCUAGCAUAGUAAAAGAAGGCCAAGUGGAAUUUUGCAAUACUAAUCUUGAACGACUAGGUACACUCAAAACUGUUCAUAUUAACUUGUGCUUGGCUUCUGAACUGUGGAUUUGGCAGUAUACUACUCCCUUCAUAAAAAAUACCUCUAAAAAUCCAUACACUCCUAUUACAAACACCUCUUAGAAGGAUAGCUUGAAGGCAUUUGUUAUAAAAGAUGGUCUCCAUUCAUUUCUGUUGGAAAUGUUCACUAUAUGUGCACAAAAAAUUGCAAUCAAAUCUAAUUAAUAAGGAAUCCAAGCAGUUCAGUUUGCUUGUUCCUUUUUAGAUGGGAGGUUACUCCACUGGACCUGUGACUAUUAACAUACAUACAUGACAUGAUUUUAGGCACUGCCAAGUUCUAGCCCCCAAAGCUAUUGUUCUUGUUCUCGGUGGGUAUUAUAUAUAGAGAGACUAGUUCUUGGUGGCUCUUAUAGAGAGAGGGAGAGGGACUGGUUCUUUACAGGCAUUAUUUUUACCUCUAUAAAAACAAUUUUUGACAUCAUGUAGUUUAAUCAAGACUCAGAGUCUCAAAAUGUGGUGUCUUGCUGUGACAUCAGUUACAACUAUAACCAAGAGCAACACUUAUUUAUAGUGUCUUGUUGUGACAUCAGUUACAACUAUAACCAAGAGCAACACUUAUUUAUAGUUGUAACUGAUAUAAUACAACUGUGAGAUAAAUUUCAUUGUGGAUGAUUCACUGAGAACUGAGCAGUCCCUAGUUUUUGUUACAAAAGUGAACACAAUUUUAAUGAACAUAGUUCCAUAAAGCUGGCAUUCUGUUGUAGUGUGUCUUUCUUUAAUGAGUGGCUAAAACAUUUCUAUCUGCACUAAAAGUGAGGUACAGAAUGUUGUACAAAAUGAAUGUUUCAUUCCUUGAAUGUCUUAACAGAGUACAGAACAAAGAGUCAGUAUGUGAGAGCACCUUACAAUGAUGGUUCUUUUUGGUGUGACUGGUGUGUUGCAUGGCCCGUGUGUAGAACUGCAAACUCUCCUUUGUAUUUACAUAUGAGGAUAGUUGAUAUGAGCAGUUAAGAAUAGGUUUAGUGCUGCUCUUUAGACAUCAAAUAUAGGAUAUUUCUGGCAAUUUAUCAGGAACAAACACUUCUCAAGGAAGCUAGGUCAAUUUUUUUCUUGUUUUAAAUCAAGCCAAAUUUGAUACAUGUAAGUGCAACUUAUAAAGUUAUUAGGUUCUGGAGCUUUACCAAGUACUUUGAAAUCAAAUCAAUAAAGAUUUGAUUUGAAGUCAAAAGUCAAAUCAGUAAAGAUGAACUUCAAGCAUCUGGAUCAUUGAUAAUGUCUUACCCUUGAGUCAUGACUUUAAGUUGCUGAAAUAUUAGCUGUAUUUUUGUUGUUGUUACUAUACCUUUUUAGCUGUACAGACUGUACAUCUACCCUUUUCCCUUGACCUAGCAUUCAUUAAAAGUUAUGUCUGACUAGGAUCUAUCAGAGAACUGGUCUGCCUUAGUAGUAUACUGAUCAGAAAUACUGUCUUCUCACUUUCUUUAAGUGGGGUGGGAGGAGGAUCAGCUGUUAGGGGUGAAGCACAGGGGCAGGAAAAAGCAGCUUCCAGCCACUUUGGAGUUGUGGCGUUUAGAUGACACAUGCCUCCAAAGUGGCUGGAAGCCAUGCCAAGGCUUUGCAAUGGUUUUUUGGACCAUAGCAAAAAGGAGUCGGCUCAUGGAAGCACUGGCAGGCCCUGGGGUUUGGACCUGCUUCUGACCAGAGCUCCAGCCCUAAGUCAGCUUUGUUCUUCUACCCUUUACAUAUGAUGUAAUAAAGCUUGAUUGCUGGGGAAGACUACUUGAAAUGUUAGAAGUGCCUUUGACUGGUUUGAUUUCACAGCAAUUUUUUGGGAUAGAUUUGCAUAAUGUGAAACAAAGUGAAGUAUAAAGUUUUAGAUGACUUUUCUUUUGGAAUAAAAUAUCAGGAUUUAUCAGAGUAACCAUAUCUGCUCCAUUUCCAUGUUAGAUACUUUACAGAAGAGA